AUGCAGAACUUUGUGUUCGAGAUGGACCCGAAGGACCCGAAGACGCUCAAGCGGACUGUUCUACGGGAUAUGCUCGACUUCCGUUUGCCCACGAGCUGGGUCCGCCUCGCACUGAGCGCCGAAGGUGAGCAGGAGACGGCGCUGCAGACAUCUCUGUGUGAUGCCAACUCGCCGCUCAACCUAGACCGAAGCCUUCCCGAUCGGAUCAAGAAUCUUUUCAUGUACAAGGCCUCGACAAAGGCACCUACGUCCGAGUCCGAGGACGUGAAGAUGCUGAGCACCUCAGAAACCGGAGUCUACGCUCCCCUAGAUCCGAACGACGUCAUAAAAGUCCAGCAAACCCAGAACAACACCACGAUCGAAAUUGAAUAG